AUGUGUUUUUUUACUAAAACAAAUUUUGAGAACAAGGGUGCUUGUUCAAAUCAAAGCCUUGAAGCUGUUGGUGUUAAUUUUGAGAACAAGGGUGCUUGUUCAAAUCGAAGCCUUGAAGCUGUUGGAGUUGUUUCAAAGACUUUAUCCUCUGCUUCGAAUUUUGAGAACAAGGGUGCUUGUUCAAAUCGAAGCCUUGAAGCUGUUGGUGUUGUUUCAAAGACUUUAUCCUCUGCCUCGAAUACUGAGUGCACGUCUGCUCAUGAACAUCCGAGUCAUGUAUUGGCUGAGACUGUUUCAGAGUCAUUACCCUCAAAUUUGAACGCCAACCUCGUUCAUGCAAAUCUGACUGCUGUAGUACAUGAUGCUGCUCCGGUUUUAAAUGAUAUUGAUGCAUCAUUUGAUUUUUGCAAGCAAAUUGAGUUUGAUUUAUGGCUUGGAAAAGGAUUUAAAGAGAAAAACAGGUACAAGCAUUAUUCUCCUGAGGACAAUGAAAUUGCACCUCCCUUUGAGAUGUAUGUUGAUCAAAUAAGCAAAAAAACAUGGUUCUCUUAUCUGAACUACAGUGGUCUGCCUUUAUCAUGUUCUCAUAUCGACGUGCUGUUUUAUUUUUUGAGGGAGAAGCAAAAGUCGAGGCCUAAUGUGAGAUGCACCACUGCUGACAAUAUCUUUGAUAGACGCAUGCAAAGUUUGUAUGCUUCAUAUUUGUCGACUUCUGAUGCUGAAAAGUUUUUGAAAGGGGACGCUUUGAUUUUUGAUUAUAUGCGGGGUAAGAAGAUUCUUAUGGGUACUCCUUGGAGUGAAGUUGACGACGUUUUAUUUCCUAUUCAUGUGGGAAAUAGUUGGCAUUGGAUAUUGGCGCGUUUAUCGUUCAAGGAUAGGUGCAUUUAUAUAUACAACUCUAAAAAGUCACCUAUUCUCAACCGAACGGCGGCUGAAGUGAUUAUGGGGUAUUGUGUCCUGAUUCCAAGGUUGUUAGUCAUGGGUAAUUUACUAUCGUCUAUCAAAGCUAUUGAUUUGUCUUCUCCUGCUUAUGUUGGGAAAACCAAAUUUGAACCUUUUGCUUUGUCUCAAGUUGAUGGCUUACCAACACAAUCUGACAGUGAUUGUAGUGUAUUCGUGGCUGCAUUUGCUGAGUAUAUCAUCGAAGGGAGGAAGGUGCCUUUGCGUAUCUCGAUUGAAAAUAUGAGGUCUAGAUAUUGUACUUUGUUGUAUGCUCACGCACUGUCAAAGCAACCACCAAUGGAGGAAACCAAUACUCAAGCUGCACCAAUUGUAGAAGAAGGACGAGGGAAAAGGAAGAAGAUCAAAGCAGAGAUUAAAGACAUUGGAGCUGAAUCAAAGGUUGAACAAGGCAGGGGGAAAAGGAAGAUUAUCAAAAUAGAGAAUAAGUGA